AGGGAAAAAAAAAAAAAAUUAAGAAACCAAAUAAAAAUAUAAAUUUAAAUGAUUGGAGCUAAAAAUGAAGCUUUAAGUUCAAAUAUAAUAAAAGGAGAUGAUAAGCAAGAAUAAAAUUAACUUAGCAACAUAUAACUUUUGAAUGAAAUAAAGGUUUUAAAAAAAGAAGUCAGCUUUUUAAAUAAUUUAAACAGUAGAUUAGGAAAAUAAUUAAAAAUAUAAUUGUCAAAUAAUGAGAAUAUUAAUGAUAUGGAUUUUAAUUAUACGAGAAUCAAUGAGUUACCUUAUUUAGAAUAAUUAUUGAUGGCAUAUGAUGAAAAAAUAGAAAUUAUUGAACUUUCAUUAUAAAAUGUUUAUGAAGAUUUUAGAGAAAUAUAAAAAAAGUCAGAAGUUAUAGUUGAAGAAAAUAAUUAUCUUUAAGAUUAGCUGAAAAAAAAAUGUUAGGAAAUUUAAUAAUUAUAAAUUGAUGGAAUGCCAUUAUAAAAUAUGGCCUUGAAUUUUUAAAAACUAGAAAGAGAAGAUUUAAAUGAAAGAAUAAUAUUAUUAACGCAAGAAAAC